AUGUCUAAAGUUUUCGGAACAGAAGCAUUUACCAAAGAGAUUCCCAAGGCUAUUGAUUGUCUAACUGCGGCUGGAGAAACUAUCAGCCUUGAUAACAUCACUGAACAAUUGACGGAUUACAUUGUAGAUAAUCAUAAUGGAAAGACAUCAUUGUACGUAUACAAGGACCUUUGGAAUACCCACGUUGAAAUUUUUUGA